UCUGAAUGUCAAAUUUGAAAACAUUUUAAAAAUAAUAACAAUAAUCUGGCUCUCUGGUUGUUGUUGUAUAAUAAAUAUUUUUAAAUAGAAAAUGCAAGUCAGUGGUUGGGAUGCCGAAGAUGGUGAUAUUGAAGAGGAAAAAAAUCCACACAAAUCGCCAGUUACAGAAAUAUUAUGGGCUGCUGAAAAUGAUGAACUUGAUACAUUGAGAACUUUGUUACAAAAAGAUAGAACUUUGGUUAAUGUACGUGAUAAAGAUGGAUAUACACCCCUUCACAGAGCUUGUUACAGUGGCAAUUUGAAAGCUAUCGAUAUAUUAUUGGAAUAUGGAGCCGAUAUUGCUGCACAAACAGAUAUGGGUUGGCAACCUUUACAUUCCGCGUGUAAAUGGAACCAUGCAGAAUGUGCACUCAGAUUAUUACAACAUGGGGCUGAUGUAAAUGCAAAAAGUGAAGGAGGACAAACACCAUUGCAUAUUGCUGGAACACACAGUCAUUGUAAAGAAAUAUUGCAGGUUUUAUUGCUUCAUCCUGAUAUACAACCCGAUGUUCUCAACGUCAGCAAAGAAUCACCACGUCAAAUUGCUACACGUUGCUGUAAAUUUUAUCCCUUAUUUGAUUUAAUUGAACCAUGUAUUUAUCAAAUUGAAUAA